UUAUAUAAACCAGACACAGACGGACAGAUAGACAGCUGACACUACUCUGGGAUAUACUGAACAUAUACUGAACAUAUACUGAACAUAUACUGAAUGACAGAGGGGAAGAGGAGGAGGAAGAGGAAACAACCAGAAACUAAAGCCCUGUCCCACUAUAUUGACCUGACUGAGGAUAGAGAGAGAGGGGACGACAAGAUAACAAAACAACCACAACGAGAGAGGGGGAUGAGACAAGAAGAGAAAACACGGAAUCUACUUUGUUUGGAUCAGAGGGACAAUAUCCUUUCCGAGAUACAACGACAGAGAGCACAGAGCAAUUUCCUUGGUGUCAGGUUCUGGUGUGGUUGCUGUUAGGGACUUUGAGGUUCCAUGCUACUUCAGUGCCAUUGACAGUGCCAGGGCCCACGGUGCAGUAGUGGUAGCAUUGACUGGCUAAUUGCAGACAGAAGGCAGAGGACUUUGUAGCAGUCUGGGGAUGACACCGCUGUUCUGCUCAAUCAGACAGUGUUCAGCGAGGUGUGUGCUGCAGUCCGGUCACCCUCAGUAAGUUAUACGCUCUCCGGGCCGGGCCCUCGUCGCUGCUGCAUUAGGAGCCGCCAAUCAGAACCAACAACCAACUCCACACGGACCGCAGCAGCUGAACUGAGCUCACUGACGGAGCGGGCAGUGAACACGAGACUCAACACAGGGACUGAACAUCGUGACUGGAAGCAGGCCAGCCGUGUGCAGCAGAGAGAGACAUUGUGAUCCUGUAUAAACAUACACGUUACAUCUCUACAGUGGGACGGAUAGAGAGAGAGAGAGAUGUAGCCUAUAGAGUAAUGCUAUACGUGUGAUCCUGUAGGGUGUUUAUAUCACACAGGGAGACUGUAGUCAUUUGUAAAGCAGUUACCAUCACAGUUGGAGACGGUGAUGUGUGAUAGUGAACCGUGAGAGACAAUUUAGCUGAUGACGUGUUUGUGUUGUGAAAAGUAUCAUGUGUGGGGAUUGAGCCCCGGGUUGAGAGAUAUGGGUACAGAAACAGUAUAAUGGCGUGUUUCAGAUGGUUUACUCCGAUGUGUCUGUCUGGCUGAUGUAGAGUAAAGAUAUUGGUUUGUUUAGUGUUGGGAUUCUGGUCUGUGGUUUGCCAUUUGAGUGGUUCUAGCCUGUUGGUUUGUAUCAUUGCUUUGUUCCAUUGAUUUGAUGUUUAGUUAUGUAGUCCUACACAGCAGAGCAGCUCUGUUGGCAGACAGUCAUUUGGCUAGUUGUGUGCUGAUAGUUCGUAGCAACGUUGUAAGACAUUCUAGAUCGACGCUGUGGUGAUGUUAGAUCGGUGGUGUUUUAUCAAAAGACUGCAGCUCUGAAGAAUCGUGCGUGUUGUGUACUGGUAAAACCCCAGCUUUGUUGUGUGUCACUGCAGCCCUAGCUGUGCUCUGCUGUGCUCUGCUGUGCUCUGCUCUGUUGUUCGGCGCCUGUGUCCUGUGUCACAGAGGAAGCAUUGAUCAGACAGCUACUGAGGCUCAAUACACAAUGAGGCCUGGCCCGAGAUCUCUCCUUCUCCCAACCCCCCUCUCCCUCUCCCUGCGUGCCCUGCUCCUGCUCUGCCUUGCGUCGCGUUGCCAAGCGGUGCAGGCUGAGAAUGUGACAGUGUUGGAGGGAGGCACGGCCCAGAUCUCCUGUCGUCUGCAGAACUAUGACGGCUCCAUCGUGGUCAUCCAGAACCCUCGCAGACAGACCCUCUUCUUCAACGGCACACGAGCGUUGAAGGACGACCGUUUCCAGAUGGUUCUCUUCACUCCCCGUCUGGUGCGCAUCACCCUCACCAACGUGAGCGUGUCGGACGAGGGCGGCUACUUCUGCCAGCUCUACACCGACGACACCCACCACCAAGUGGCCACGCUGUCCGUGUCCGUCCCUCCCGACACCCCCACGGUGGAGGUGAAGCAGGAGGCCGUGGAGGGGGGCGAGGUGGAGCUCACCUGCCUGUCGCCGCGCAGCAAGCCCCCCGCCACGCUGCGCUGGAUCAGGGACCGCCGGGAGAUACCAGGUGUGGUGUCCCAGCAGGAAAAUGGGAAGACAGUGAGUGUGUCCAGCACCAUCCGUCUCCCUGUGGAGAGAAAAGACAACGGGGCAGCGGUCAGCUGUGAGGCAUCCCACCCCGCCCUGGGGGGGCAGAAGAGGGUCCGCCACUACCGCCUCGACGUCCACUUUGCCCCCACAGUGAGGAUCAUCCCUCCCCCUGGCAUCCUCCGAGAGGGAGACUCUCUCAGCCUCACCUGCUCCAUCACUGGAAACCCACUGCCUAGAGAUGUCCAGUGGACUAGGAUCAAUGACACCUUACCUGAGAGGGCGGAGAUCUCUGGCCCCACCCUCCAGGUGUCCCGUCUCAGCCAAUCACACAAUGGCACCUACCUGUGUCAGGCGCAGAACAACUACGGCCGUGCCGCCGACCACUACACGCUGCUGGUGUACGACCCCGGGGCAGUGAUUGAGACCCACAGUGCAGUACCGUACGCUGUGAUAGGGGGCGUCCUGGCUCUGCUGGUCUUCACCGUCAUCUGUGUUCUCAUCGUCACCGUCUGGUGCUCUGUCCGACAGAAAGGUUCAUAUCUUACCCAUGAGGCCAGUGGGUUGGACGAGCACGGGGAGGUCCAGGAGGCUUUCCUCAACGGGAAUGAUGCCAGUCAGGGCAAGAAGGAGUACCUACUGUAGCCUCCAUCCCCAAAACCCACACCCCUCCCCCAACCCGCCAUGACGGGUGGCCUUCUGAAUCGACUGUAAUACUACUGCACACAGACCACAUUACAGACCACAACACAGACCACAACACAGACCAGAACAGAGACUGAAAGAGAGACGAUCCGUCCAGCCCUUACAUUACAACUGUGCCAUACUGUAGGUGUACUGGAGGAAGGAGCGAGGGAGGAUGGCAGAGAAAGGGGAAAGUGAUAAUAGGGUCAUUAUUUUGAUAGAGCGAAGAGAUAACAAGAAAGAGAGCCUCAGCACUUCCCUUCCCUGUGGUAAUUGGAGAGGGAGGGAGAGAGAGGAAAGAGAAAAACGUCAAUUUCCAAAAUGUUCAAUCCAUAACUGGCACAGACACACAGGUGGGGUGGGUAUGAUUUCCAGAAGCUAUUGAGUUUGAAUGCUCAAUUUGAUUACUUGAAAUUGCCAAAGCACAUCAGCCAACAGAGAGCAGCUCAUCUAUAAUUAUUUGACAACAUUGCAGAGUGUUACCCUGAAAGUCUCAUAAAGUAUAUCUGAACUGUUCAGUCAAUUCUGCAGACGGCCCAGGUAUUGUAUUUGCCGUCCGUUCUAGGGAGUCUGCCAAUGUUUUCUGGGUAAUUUAGAAACCUUCCUGUUAUGAAUGACUGCAUUCCUCGCGGAACAGAACUGUUGUUUCUCUUCUUUGAAUUCUCUCUUUCUCCCUCCCUCUCUCUUCACCUCUCUUUCUAGUCCUCUUCAUCCCCCUUGUUCCCUCCCUCCCUCUCUCUUCACCUCUCUUUCUAGUCCCAGUCUUCCCCCUUGUUCCCUCCCUCUCUCUGUCUUUAUCUCUCCUCUAUUGUUGGCCAAUAAAGAAAGGAUUAGUGCCAGUCUCCUUUCGUGAGUUAGAAGAAAGGGAACAUAAGUCGACGAGACACAUUAAGGAAAAUUAUAAUUAUUUUAAAAUGCCCUUAAAGGGAUAAAAAAUGUAAAAUGUCUUAUAGAGAAACAAAUGAGUGAAAGGAAAGUAAUGAAUAAGGAAAAAUACAUGAUGGAUAUUUUUCUGAAUGCCAUGCACACACACACGUGCACACACACGCACACACACGCACGCACACACUCAAACACGCACACACACACGCACACACACACAAAAACGCACACACGCGCACACACACACGCACACACACACGCGCACACACACACACAUGCGCACACGCACACACACACACAUACAUACAUAUACAUACAUACAUACAUACAUACAUACAUACAUACAUACAUAUACAUACAUAUCUCUGAAUUCUUUAUUUGUAUAAAAAUGUAAACAGUAAGAUAACUUAAAUAAAUCUUUUAAGAAAUUGAGAAAAAAACAGUUUACUGUUGAAAGCGUUAUGAAGCUACUAUACUAACACAUUAUUAGCCUCGAGGUACAAAAACAAACUAGUGUCCAGUGAUCAAAACAGAAAAUAUAAAAAAAAUAAUGUUUCAUUUGUCUUUAUGAAAUACCUGAGGUCUUAUUGAUUUUUUAUUAAUUCUUGUUAUUAUUUGGACUAUUAUGAUUGUUAUUAUUAUUACUGUUAUGAUUGUUAUUAUUAUUACUGUUAUGAUUAUUGUAAAUGUUAUAACUGUACACCUCCCAUGUUUGUUGUUUUUGGUUAUUCUAUAGAAACUGCUGUCUUUCCACUUCUCUCUGACUCUGUCUCUCUAGUUCUUUCUAUCUUUGUCUCCUGUGUCUAUUUGUCCCUUCUUCUCGUCUUUCACUACUGUUUAUUUUAUAGUCAUGUUGAUAUAGCUAACUAUUUCUUUAUAGGGGAAAAGAUACAAAGCACGACAAAAUAAAACAAGACUUCAGAAAUAA